CUCAGAGACCAUAUGCCUGGAGGGGGUGGCUACAUUGUGUCUAUUGUAUGGGGUUUUCUUUCCUGGCAUUUGCACAUUUAACAGGAGGUUUAAAUUGGGAGUGAAAAGCAUGGCUGAUGAGCAAGAAAUCAUGUGCAAACUGGAAAGCAUCAAAGAGAUCAGGAAUAAAACUUUGCAGAUGGAAAAGAUCAAGGCACGUCUCAAGGCAGAGUUUGAAGCCCUGGAAUCUGAGGAGAGGCAUUUGAAGGAAUACAAGCAGGAGAUGGACCUUCUGCUGCAGGAGAAGAUGGCCCAUGUGGAGGAGUUGAGGCUGAUCCAUGCUGAUAUCAAUGUGAUGGAGAAUACCAUCAAGCAGUCUGAGAAUGACCUCAACAAGCUCUUGGAGUCCACUCGACGCCUGCAUGAAGAGUACAAGCCCCUGAAAGAGCAUGUUGAUGCUUUGCGGAUGACUCUAGGCUUGCAGAGGCUGCCAGAUCUCUGUGAGGAGGAAGAAAAACUCUCCCUUGAUUACUUUGAGAAGCAGAAAGCGGAAUGGCAGACAGAACCGCAGGAACCUCCCAUCCCAGAAUCUCUGGCAGCAGCUGCAGCUGCUGCCCAACAGCUACAAGUGGCGAGGAAGCAGGAUACCAGACAGACGGCAACUUUCAGACAACAGCCACCUCCAAUGAAGGCCUGUUUAUCCUGCCACCAACAAAUUCAUCGGAAUGCACCCAUAUGCCCACUCUGCAAAGCAAAGAGCCGGUCUCGGAAUCCAAAAAAACCCAAGAGGAAACAGGAUGAAUGAGACAUAGGAGACCAUGGAGCAAACAUAUGACCCAUCCCAAACCCUUUCCAGUAGAACUGUAAACGUGGCCAGAAUUUAUCGAAGUGCAGACUCAAGUACGAUCUAUCCAUUGUUUUCUAUUUAAUGUGAUGUAAGCACAAUGUUUCUGUUAUGUCUAAAUUUCCUUCCAGUCCUCGAGUUUUGGUUUUAGGAAGAGACGUGUUGAUGGUGCUACACUUUCACGUUUCAGUCAUUCCGUCUUUCUGACUGCUAAGCAGAGUGGAACUUCUAAAGCGAGUAGUUACAAUGCCAGGGGGCACUUCAUAAAUCUGAUUGCUGAAAAGGAGAGAUGAUCCUUACCAUGAAGAUCCAUUUGCGGAUACGUGUUUUAUAAUUAAUUACUACAGACGUGAGUUACUUCUACUGUACCUGCCAGAAUGUCCCUGGGUUUUUCCCUCUCUGCACUGUUUACCACUAUAGUAUCUGACUAAAGCAGGAAUUGGCCAUAAUACCAGAACAUUCUUAAUGAUCCAGUGUUGCUACAGUUAAUUUUAUGUCUGCUUUUUAAACAAAGUUACGCUAAUUUUCUCCUCCUAAGGAAAUGCCACUUGAAGAAUAGAAGUGCUUGAGUAUCCAUUUGCUGUGCUAAAGAACUAUGUCUUAAUCUAACCAGCAAGAUUGCACAUGGCUAAGUGUAGACUAGAGCUCAUUUUAUCAAGAGCCUUUAAGUAUAUGAGAGAAAACAAGGAUUCAGACAGAUACGAGAUCAACACAUGCAGUUGGGGUUCAGAUUAACGUGGUCUGAUUGUUGUAUCCCCACAGACCAAGCGUAAAAUCUAGGGAGAGAACCACAUCAAAUCAGUCAAAUGAAUUGCUGAGAAUAACACGGGUUCAUUACAUUUUAACAUCUUUAGCAUGGCCAUUUUUCAGCGCUCAUAAGACUGACUUCAAUUAAGUACUAAGGCUCAAGUCAGAAGUAUUUGUGAAUUGCCAGUGCUCUGUAGCCCAAGAACUGAACCUGGUUCUUCAGAGAAAACUCUCAAAGAUCCCUCAUCUCUAACAUCCAUUGACUGUAACAUUAACCCUUCUGUGUGUCUUUGUCCCUCUUGCUUGUAUGGGUCAAAAAUCAGCCUUGGAAUGCAGGCAGGCCCAAUGCCGAGUGAAGUCAUGGGGAAUUUCACUAGUACGCUUCACAGUGGCUGCGUCUGCAUAAGACGCUUACUGUACAGUAGCUCAUUACUACUGCGCAGUAGCAUCACAUGGCAUGAACCGUGACAUAAUGCUACAGCACAUUAGUAAUGAGUUACUGCACAUUCAGUGGCACCAGGAAGCUGUGCAGGGAUGCUACUGCACAGUAACACCAGUUACUGCGCAGUCAUUUAGUACUUAGGUAUGCUAGUUCUAAAUGACUGUGCAGUAACAAAUGCACAGUCAGCGUCUUGUGCAAAUGCAACCGGUAGGACUGGUUGAAAACAUUUUGUUAAAAAUUGGGGUUUUGACAAAAUAACUUUUUUUCAUCAAAAUGUCAUUUUUUAAAAGUUUACGUUUUCCACAAAGAAAGCAAAAAGGCCAUUUCCCAAGCAAUUCUAGUCCAGGACCAGCUAUGUUUCCUUGCUUCACAUAUUUACCAGAGUCUAUUUGGAGUAUGUAUCACAAUCCUCUAACACAUGUGCGUGCCUCAGCUAAAGGGACAAUUAAAUACAUAAUGAUACCUACUCAGAGAGAAUCUAUGAAGGGCACUGUCCUUAAUACAGAACUAGGACCCAGAACCCCUUGGAUCCUAAUCCCAAUCAUUGCUUUGUUUGCAAGACUGCUGUGGGGCUGGUACAGCUGGCUUGUCUCAGACUUGGGCAAAUUCAAAUAGUAUUUAAAAAUCCUACUAAAGAACUGGAAUAUUUUAAUAUUAAAAUUAUUUUCAAUAACUUUAGGGAUUAUGCAGGCAAGGGACUACUCAAUUAGGCUUUCUUCUGCAGUUAAGCUGGAGUGGUUGUUUUAGGAAUUCUUAAUUUUUGCAAACAAGUUAGUUUCCAGACUCUGGUGAGGAGCCUUUCCCUCUGCUUGGGACUCGACCAGCAAAAGCCCUUUAUGUGGGUUUGUAAAGUUACCAAGUUUUUCCCAGCUUGUCACAGAGUGUUUUACUGAAGUGAGCCUUAUAAUUGAACAUAAUUUUAGUUGGCAUUGAACCAUUAUAAUGGUUUCAUGAUUAUAUAAACAUCUGUCCACAGUAAAGAGAGAACUCAGGAGCUUCUGUUUCAGAAAAUAUAGGCUUCUGCCACUUAAUAUAGAGGGAAUUUUUUUAACUUUAGUAAUGUGGCCAAGAUCCUGCAUAAAAUGAAGCCACUGGAAAAUAAUCUGGUCCUAAAUACAGUUUUUCAAGUCUAACGUUCCAUUCAGUAGAUGGCAGUGGUGACACUGUCUGCCACCUUCUGUGUGUCCUGACUUGCAUAUAUUAACAAACCUAAAAUACUGCAUUCUGCUUUUGAAAGUGAAAGGGGCCAUAUAUAUUAUCUUUCCUAUACAGCGCAAUUUCUACUGGGGUGAUAGGAAAAUGUACACAGGGUGAGAGGGUGGUAUAAGAGCCCCUAAUUUGAAUGCAUGAGUACAUCCUUUUGUUAACAUAUGUAUAUAAUUUCAAAAACUAAUGACAACAGACACUGGGCAAAUGGUUCUGCAAUUAUGUAGCUUCUGUAGAAGGAUGGAUUGGUAAAAACGCUGAUGUCCAAUCCUGCCACUCCCUCAACAGACAGGAUCAGUCCUACCUAUUCUUGCCUCAUUCUUACAUUCCAGGGUUAUUCCUGCUUGGGGAUUUCCUGAUUGAACUGGAGAGUGCUUGAAGAUGCACCAUUUUCUAAUUCAGUAUUUUGGAUUUUUAUUUUUAUUUUAAACUAGUCUCUUGUGCCUUUGUGUUCAACAAUGUCAUUUUUUAAAGGAAAAACAACAUGUUUAUAAUAUGUGCAUAAAAGACAAAAUAACCAUGUAUUAGUGUUUACAUAGCUGUUUUCGUAUCCUUUAUAAAGUUGUGCUAUAUGAAUGCUGUGCAUUGCUGGUAGUGAGGCAGACUUGCACCAAGAAGUCAAAAAUGGAAUGACGUAUUUAAGGGAGGAGGGCUCUUACUAAGGAAAACGGUGUCUACCUGGCACUUCCUACCACAGACCAACGAAGGAAGAUUACUGGAUGCCUUCACAUGUGACAGCUCUGGGCCUUUUCUUUUUCUGAGCUCCCUUUUUCUUGUUCAGAGACUAGAAAAAAUAUUGUGACAUACUGAAUUCUUGAUCUUUCAGGCUUAUGCAAAGCUGUCCCAUAGUUAUAUAAUUUCUCAACUUUUUGUAAAGUAGAAACUUCUACAGAUCAACAAUGGCCUCUAAUUUUGGGUGACUGUAACUCUAAAGUUUGGGUUCACUGCAGUGUUAACCUGGACUCUUCCUCUAGUUUCAGCCCAAGCCAUUCCACUCUCAGAACCCCACAAAUCCAAGUUUUCUUGUGCUGUUACAACCCGAUUCAAUUUAAUGCUGUGAAAUAAACCCACUUUGCAAUAAGGAUUCAGGGGCAAAACCAAAGCGAAUCACGUUUUGUUGACAGUCUGCCCUUCCUACAGUUUCCCAAGAAGAUGGAGAAGUUCUCUUGCAACUGACACCACUGGCUGGGAGAAAAUCCUACAGCAUCUUGACACAUACACCCAGGGGAUGUAUGCCAUCAGGCCAGGGGCAGAUCUGAGAUUUGGAAAAGGGGUGUGUGGGAGCAGCCAACUAUGGUGCAAGAGUGACUGCACCUGGCACUUCCAGCCUUCCUCUUCCCCCUCUGCCCAUCCGCUGGUGUGGACAGACCACACCAUGGGAGCCUCUGGUAACUUUCUUAAAGAAUCCCAUUAAUUCCCCUCCAUGCUCAAACACACUCCCUCUGUUCCCAUUUCUCCCUCUCUUGCAUGCUGCUGCUGCUUUUCCUGCUGCACUGGGAUCAGGGAAAAUUCAAAGCUACUCCUGCCUGAUCCAGCUAGGCUGCAUGGGAGCUGGGCUCAGCUUGGAACAGUGACAGUGGCAGCAGCAUUGACAGGUGAGGGGAUGGGUUCCCCAACCCGGCACAGGGAAGGGGAACCCCGCUGCCCAUUGCCACUGCUGCUGUCACUGUUGCCAGCUGAGCCCAGCCGCCAUGCAGCCCAGAUGGAGUAGGCAGGAGCUUCCCCCUCCCCAAGAUGGCAGGGAAAAGCAGUAGUAGCAGGGGAGGGAAGGAAGGUAGGGAGGGGAGGAGACAUGCCUCUGCAUAGAGGGCAAGAGGGAGAUUCUUAGGUGCUCUGAGGACUUUAAAAAAAAUCUCCAGUGGCUCCUGUAGCAUGGUCCAACCUGAAAACGGGGGACGGGGUCAGCUGUACCACCACACCUCUCUGGAUCUGCCCCUGUGUGUUAUAACAAGGAGGACAGAGUAAAACGAACAGGGCUUUGCUAUAGAGACAUUCAUGCCCAGGCUAUGCCAACUUGACGGCGCAGUGUUGAAUACCAAUCAUCCAGGUUAAUUGUGAAGUGAAGACACCCCUUAAAUUAUAAUCUUUACACUCAGUAAAAUAGAUUGAAGUAUGCUUGCCACACACUGAACCUGCCAUUGACUGCAAGUUACAGAAUUAGAGGCCAUUUAAAAAAAAAAAAAAUGUAGCCCCAAAUGUUUUGCUUUAAAGAUCAGGUUUAAGCAGAGCUCAGUUGAGAGCUAAUGCACACCUUUAAUAAGUGAAUACUUAAGACACUGUUCAUUUUUAUUUUAGGCUUUCUGACUUUUCCUUAUUAUUAUGCAUUAGUACUCGCCUUGAGUUGCACCAGCUUCUGUGUUUAAAUAAUAUACUCCCUUGCCCAGUUGGGAUAACAGUGUGCUACAAGUUCUGCUUGUCUGUACAGUC